UUCCUUACAUCUGUGUGUUUUAUAAAUACUCUCAACACAGUCUCUUGUUCUUCAGCAAAUAGAAAUAACAAAACAUUGAGAAACUACAUAGUUAAGAUCAGAGCGUUUCAUCAUCUCCUUCUUCAACUAUUAUCUGAUGUAUCUCCAUUGUGAUUGAUGGUGUUUAACUUGGAAUUCCACCCCAUCCAUAUAAGCUGUGUGAUGACGAUGGUCCAAUCCUAUUCUGGAGAUUGUAUUGGGGUUUGUUUCUGGAUUCAAAGAGAGGAGACGACCACGACCACGACGAAUCUAUGUUAUCUUUACUCUUCUGGAGAGUGUUGUGGUUUUAACAAGAAGAUCAAAGAGGAAAGGGUUUGCCCGCAGUUCCAGGACCAAGAAGUGUUCCUGAUGCAGGAGGAGGGGUUAACACGCUUUCACUGUCUCCAUGUCAAUGAGAAUGUUUAAGGAUCUGAUGAUGAGGAUGGUGACGAAGACUCUUCUCUUCUUUUGGGGUUUCAACAAGAAGAGCCAAAAAUAUUAUACGUGGAAAGGUUUUGCCUGCAGUUCCAAGAGCUUUGAAGGAGCUAAAAGAAGAGGGGGGUUAGGACGCUUUUCAUCGUCUCCUUAUCAAUGAGAAUGUUUAAGGAUCUGAUGAUGUUGACGAUGACAAAGAGUCUUCUCUUCUCAAUCUUCCCAACCUUGAUUGAUAUUUCAAAACCUUGCUCUCUUCCCUAAUCUUCAAAUUCGUCAUCAAAUUGAUAACCGAAGACAGAAUCUUUAGGACUGCCUACGCAAAACUUUCUCAAACUCUUUGUUUGCUCUGAAGCUAGGAUCAUCUCCCUUGACGAGGCUGAAAAAUUACUGCUUGGUGAUGUCCACAAUACAUAACUAAUGCCAACAAUUGUGAACCGGCUUUAUGAUAUUGCGAAUGUCUUGUCAUCUAUGAUGAAUUUCAUAGAGAAGGGAAACUAAAGAUUCACAACGAUCUCUAACUUACAUUUUGGAGACGGAACGGUGUACCUAAUGACGUCUCUGUGCUUACAGACUGUUAUAUUCAAUGCAGCCAGCCUAUUAGAAGUUAUCCUAAAAUUGUGGAGACCUCUAUAUCAUCAACACUUAUGCAGCUAUAGGAGAUGGUUUCAAUCAUCAGCACAAUCACUCAGUACGAUGAUGAUGCCUUCGCUAACCCAAACGAUGGUCAAAUCCUCUUCUUGAUCUUGAAGUGGAACUAGAGAAGGCACCUAAAGAUUCAAAGCAAAAUAUGUAUUUUUCAUUGCCUCAUGCCAACAAUUCACUUCCACAGGUAUGGGCAGCUCCAGCUUUGCCGGCAUCACAAAGAAGUACACCACAGCUGCUACAAUUUCAUUGCAGGAAUUUCAUCUUCAAACAAUGGCAAGGGCAUACAAAGAUUUUACGGAAGAAGUCUUUCAACAGCUUUAACGGAAGAGGUCUCUAAGCAGAUAGGAGAUAUGGUUUGAAGAACGAAGCCUCAUAACAGAAAACUUUAACAUGAAACUAAUUCUAAUGUUUGAUGGUCUUUGACUCAAUUCGUCUUCUUUGUCCACUACAAAUUCCCCAUCUAUGGAGAUAUAUGGUUCCCUCUCUUCUCAGCAUUAGGGAUGACCAAACAACAACAACAACAAUGGUCAAAUCCUCUUCUUGAUCUCAUCGUUAAUGAGUUAGAUAUGGUGGUAGUAUUGUUUUGAUGUCUUUGCAAGUGAGGCGUACGUUGUUUCAUGGCUUUUCUUCAACUCUCAUCUGAUUUCUCGAGAACUCAGACCUAAGAAAAGGAUAAAGAGUCGUUAGAACCAGUAGCUACAACUCUUUCUAGAUGACAACUCAAGCCUCAGAAAAGAAUAAGUUAUUCCUUCUGAAUUAAGCACAAUUAAGCUAGCCGUUUUAAUGCAGACAUGGUGACCUAGUUGAAUUGGGGGAAGCUGUAGGUAUUAUCGCGGGUCAAUCGAUCGGCGAACAACCAAGCCUGAACACGUUUCCAGUUGUUGAUCGACGCGCUCGGGUCCCUCAACCGAGAGCCCCUCCUCGCUACGAUCCACCCUUUCUCUAGCCCUCUACUCAACCGCUUUAGCUGGCCCGCUAGGUCAACAACAAGACCGCAGAUGCCAGUAAUCUAGGGGAUGCGAUGUUUGAGCAGAUAGAAAAUAAAAAGAAUAUUCCUUGCUCAAAUCACCACUUUAUUUUUCUCAAGGAGAUGAGUCGAUAGACCUUAAGAAGCAGCUGAAAAAACUGCUAGAAACAUAGCUAGUAUGCUGAGGAAACCAAUGCAUUCUGUUCUUUGAUGCAGAAGUACUCCACACUUACAAGGAUUUUCAGGGAUUUAAUCUUCGAAAAAUGGUAAGGGCUCACCAGCAUGCAGAGACAUCUUCAGUUUGGGAUCCUAGAAAAAAGACAACGACCUAAUUCUAUUAUUUAAUUGCUUGCUUAGCAAUUGAAAACAUUUUUGUUGAUUGAACGUUCAAAACUUCUACAUCUUCUUCUUCCUUUAUCAACUAGAUUUCAAAGCGUCUUAAGUCCUAUCAUCAAGCUUGGAUAUGGCCUUGGGAUCUGCUGGUUCGCCAAAUGGUUUACAACCAAUGCUCUUGAGUGAUUCACAACGUCGUAGAAGAUCUAAACUAGAAGAACGAAUCAUAUUUCUUAUGGUGUUUACAACAAUAGUAGCAGUUGUGACAUUUGUUAUGGGUUUCACAUGUACAAAGAUUUACAUGAAUGCUGCUCCAGAUUUAGGCAUCACAGGUUUGGUUAAGAAAGCAGUAUUUAUUGUUUUCCUGUUGUGCAAUAGCAUUCCAAUGAUCUCUUGUGUUAUAGCUACAACGAAUCUCAUAUGGCCACAACAUCAGGGUGAUAUUCCUCUGAUACAAAAAGCUACACUACGAGCCAUGGGACUUGUCACACUAUCUUUUGUGUCAAUGUUGGUUGCAUUGAUGGUUGGAGUUUUACUUGUGUUGAUCCUUCUUCCGUGGCGUUCCUUCUUCCAUGCUUUUAGCUCCAAAGCACAUAAGUGAUGGGUGUGUUUUGUGAACAUUCUCCAUACACAUUCAAGCUCGUUAUGAUUUGAUAAGAUUGUAUAAUUAAAACGAAACUUUUCUCUAUUUGUGCAUACUUGUCUAGAGCACUGUUUCUGUUUCUUGAUUGCCUCCCUCUGCAAUCUCUCUAUACAAAUUCAUUGACAAUGAUUGAAUUUAUACA